UGCAUCACCCGAUAUAACGAAUUUGUUCAUGAUGAAGGCAAUAAUCCUUAUGGUCGUGACGACUGCCGUCUGGGCGGAAGACUUGUACGACAGAAACGACGGAACACGUGUUAUCUUUGAUGCGGGUGACUUCUCCCAGCGUUCUUCAGGCCAAACUUCACAAGGACAACGGCCUGGGGAAGUCUUCACUUCGGGCCUGACUUCGGAUGACCAACGUCCAGUCUUCAUUACGAGCCACACUUCACAGGGCCAACAACCAGGACAAAUCUUCACUUCUGGCAAGGCUUCACCAGGCCCAGAGCAAGUUUUCUCAAGUUUACCUUCACCAAUCCCUUUCUCAUCCAAGCUGACAACUUUACCCAAUAAUCGGUAUUGUGAUCAUGCACGCAGACCUUUAGUGGACGAGGUGUUCCAGGGCAGGGCGUACCAUUUCUCCUGGUGCCAUGAUGGCGGCCGCUCCUACACCUGGUACGAUGCCAUCCAUCAUUGUCAGGGACUGGGCAACGGUUUUCAGGCCAUCAGUAUAGAGCGCCCAGACGAAGACUCCUUCGUGGCUGGAGUUCUUAGAACUUACCAGAUCAGGGACAUCUGGACAAGCGGCAGUACAUUGAGCACUUAUCAGUGGUUCUGGCAGACUGGGGUCUCCACGGGUUACACAAACUGGUCUAACACCGGCAGGCUUGGAAGAAGUCAACCAGACAACGCAGACGGUAACGAGCAGUGCCUGGCGGUGGUGAACAGCUUAGGCAUCGGGUGGCACGACUCUCGCUGCAACACUCUCCGACCUGUAAUCUGUGAGACAGAGGCGUUCUACAGGCAGUAAUUUUAUAACUUCAUGAUGUUUAUCUGUUUAAUAGCAUUCGUAAGACAAAGUCUAGAUAACUUGUAAACAUAUGCAUAAUUUUUAAUAAAGUCGUCACAAUGU